AGUUUUGUGAUAACUUCUGAGAAUGGAUUUCUUGAAUUGUAUGCUCUUAUGUCUUUGCCUUGCCGGGCUCUCAGUCCAAGCCUUCCGUUCAUUUGGAAGAAGCAAGGCAAUUCCUAGAACUAGGCUUCCACCAGGACCGAAGCCACUUCCAUUAAUUGGCAAUCUCUUUGAGAUUGGAGACAAAGCCCAUCUCUCUUUGACCAAGCUUUCCGAACGCUAUGGCCCCAUAGUCAGUUUGCAACUCGGUCAAGUAACCACAGUGGUGAUUUCAUCAGCAUCCAUGGCCAAAGAAAUCCUCCGAACCCACGACCAUCUCUUCUGCAACCGAACUAUCCCAGAUGCUGUCAAUUCCUUCAAGCACUGCGAGGACAGCAUCGUGUGGCUGCCUGUUUCAGACAAAUGGAGAAACCUUCGCAAAAUAUGUAACUCGCAGCUGUUUGCCACCAAAGUUCUUGAUGCAAACCAAGCCAACCGGCGCGUAAAAGUGCAAGAGCUCAUUGCUGAUAUCUGCGAAAGCAAGGAGAAAGGUGUGGCAGUGAACAUUGGAAGGGCUGCUUUCAAAACCACGCUCAAUCUGCUGUCGCGGACUUUCUUCUCAGUGGAUUUAGCUAACCCCAGUAGUGAGACGGCUAGGGAGUUGAAGGAGACUAUUUGGGGUAUCAUGGAAGAGAUAGGGAAACCAAACGUGGCCGACUAUUUUCAUUUUCUUAGAAAGCUUGACCCUCAAGGAAUAAGGCGGCGGUUGACCUACCACUUUCACAAGACGAUAGUCCUCUUUGACAGCAUGAUCAAUCAAAGGUUGGAAUCCAGAAAAGUGCAAGAUUAUAUUCCGACUAAUGAUAUGUUGGAUACUCUUCUAAACAUGAGUGAAGAGAAAAAUGAGGAAAUGGACAAGACCAAAGUUGAGCAUUUGUUUCUGGACUUGAUUGGUGCGGGGACAGAUACAACUUCAGCCACAAUGGAAUGGGCAAUGGCUGAGCUACUCCGCAGUCCAGAGAAACUUGCAAAAGCUCAAGCAGAGCUAGACCAAAUAAUUGGGAAAGGAAAACCAAUUGAGGAAUCAGACAUUUCUCAACUCCCUUACUUGCAAGCAAUAAUCAAAGAAACAUUUCGAUUGCACCCAACAGUGCCAUUGCUACUUCCCCGUAAAGCCGAUUCAGAAGUAGAAAUCGGAGGGUACAUUAUUCCUAAGGGUGCCCAAGUUCUGAUCAAUGCUUGGGCCGUAGGCAGAGAUUCCAGCGUUUGGGACAACCCAAGCUUGUUUACACCUGAGAGGUUUUUGGGGUCCGAAAUUGAUGUUAUGGGAAGAAACUUCGAGCUUAUUCCGUUUGGCGGUGGGAGGAGAAUAUGUCCAGGUUUGCCAUUAGCGAUGAGAAUGUUGCACUUGAUGUUGGGUUCGGUCCUGAACUGUUUUGAUUGGAAACUUGAAGAUGGCGUUGUACCUGAGACUGUUAACAUGGAAGACAAGUUUGGCGUCAGUUUACAUAUGGCUCAUUCUCUGAGGGCUGUGCCCAACUCGCGAACUAGGCGACUGGGCAGGCGGAGCAGGCUGACUGGGCAGAGCUAGUCGCUGGCAGGAAAGAUGCAGCAGAUGCAGCAGCAGCAGGGAGGCUGAUCG